AUGCCAAGUACCCAACAGCACUCGGAACAGCUGUGGUUUAUGCGGGCCUACUCUGAGCCAAGCCCUGAGCCAGGGGUCCUCAUCCGCGGUCUCCCGGAGUCCUGGCGCAGCCUCGAACGGAAGGCCUGGAGGCAAUGGCAGGGUGUGGUCAGCAAACCUGGCUCCGUGGGCCUCUGCUUGGCCCCUGCCUUCUCCAGCUGUGGCUGUUUCUCCUCCCACAGCCCUUGUGCUCUGGGCCUGCAGCCUGGAUUUGUGAUCUUUGCUCAUGUGGAGGAUCCUUCUAAGUCUCAGGUCCCUCGGCUCCUCUACCACUUCCCCUCCAACGAUCUUGACCUCAUCUCAACCUCAGCCCUUGCUCCCAUAAGCAUACUGCAUUUUUACCACACCUGCCCCCACGUUGCCACCAUCGCUCCUAUUCUCAUAGUAAUAGGGGUGGCCAUCGCCGGAGAGGCAGCGGGUGAGGAUUGCCUAGCCAAAGUGAAGUUCAAUCCCUUUGUGACUUCGGACCGAAGCAAGAACUGCAAAAGGCAUUUCAAUGCACCUUCCCACAUUCGCAGGAAGAUUAUGUCUUCCCCUCUUUCCAAAGAGCUGAGACAGAAGUACAAUGUUCAACCCAUGCCCAUCCGAAAGGAUGAUGAAGUUCAGGUUGUCCGGGGGCAUUAUAAAGGUCAGCAGAGUGGCAAAGCAGUCCAGGUUUACAGGAAGAAAUACGUCAUCUACAUUGAGCGGGUGCAGCGGGAAAAGGCUAAUGGCACAACUGUCCAUGUGGGCAUUCACCCCAGCAAGGUGGUCAUUACUAGGCUUAAACUGGACAAAGACCGCAAAAAGAUCCUUGAACGAAAAGCCAAAUCCCACCAAGUAGGAAAGGAAAAGGGCAAGUAUAAGGAAGAAACAAUUGAGAAGAUGCGGGAAUAA